AAUAGUUUACGCAUUGAACAGGACUUGUAAUUUCAGUGUGAGUUAGUAUUGAAUUGAAGCGUCAUGGUAGCAAAUCUUACAGAUUUGUAGCUAACUAACUAGUUAACGUUAACGCAUGUGCUCGUUAAUAACUGGUUUUACCUAGCUUACUAAUAUUAAUGCAUGGAGCUCAACCGGAUAUUUUAACAGAAACAAAAUGCUUGUAGCUCGUAGACGUGUUUGUCAGUGGUCGUUUUGCGAUUUAUUUUAGUCAAUGUUUACAUACGACUUUAAACAUAUGAUACGCAAGUGAUAUACAGCCGUGUUUGUAUCGCAUGUUUUCUUCUUUGUUAGCAACAUUGUAUGGUUGCCCAAUUUAGCCAGCAAAAAUUAUUCCUAAAAUUCUUGUAGCGCUACCAAGAUCUUAAUAGUGCAAACAAAAAAAAAAAAAAUGCUUUAACUAAAGAUCUAAAAAUUGAGGAUUAUUUGGUUAUUACCGGAUAUAUAAAUAAAAGGUGUGAGAGAACGAAUCGUUAUUAGAAUAAUUAGAAACGUAUAAACCUAGUGUAUCUUCAGGAUAUGUGGUGAUCGUUUUUAAAGCUGAUUGAACUCUGCCUGUGUGCCUAGCAGAAUGAGUAGUGGCAGGUGUAGUGUGAUCUGGAGGGCUCUGCUCCUCCUGCUGUCCUCUUUGCUGUGUGUUCGCUCUCAGGUGGACCCACAGCAGCAGCCGCCGGCUGUAGAGAGCACAGAUCAGCUAUCGGGCCACAGUCGCCUGGACAGAAACAUGUUUCAGGACAAAGAUCACAUCUUGGAGCAUUUGGAAGGAGUGAUAGACAAACCAGAGAAAGACAUGACACCCCAGGAGCUCCAGCUGCACUAUUUCAAGAUGCACGACUAUGAUGGAAACGAUCUCCUAGAUGGGCUGGAACUAGCCACAGCGAUCACACAUGUACACAGAGAGGAGAGAGGAGAAAGCAGCCAGCCUAUGAAGGAGGAAGAACUUAUCGCUCUCAUUGAUGAUGUUCUGAGGGACGAUGACAAAAACAGUGAUGGCUAUAUAGAUUAUGCAGAGUUUGCUAAAUCCCUGGAAUAGAGCAUCUUCAUGUAUCUUCAUGUCAACAAUGAUGACCAGGGAAGGACCAACAGUGAGCAUAGGUGGAGCCAGCACUGCAUCACAAGAUGUGUAAAUCCUCUCCUAGUCUCUCACAAACAAUCAGUCAGGGUUGUUAGUCAUUUAUGAAGCUUGUGAAAAUUUCUAAACAUUUCCAAAACAAAUUCUACCAGUAAUUUAAUGCAUAACAAAA